UAUUAUAAGUGGUUCCCCUUUUGCUUUAAAUUACUUCAGUAAGGAUCCAUUUUUGGCUUUCGCGCUUUUACUGGAUCUUACUCAGCUCUCUCUCCUUAUAAAACCAAAACUCUCUCCCUCUCUGAAAAAUCCACCAACAAAAGAAAAAAAAAGAGUAGGAAGAAUCUAAAUAUCAAACAGCUGGAGCUGGUAAUUGUUCUUUUUUUGUCACAAAGUGACUCACUUAUAUCAGAUUUUCCUUGCUCUUUUAGCCACCCUUAAAUGAUCCCUUUCGUUCUUUGUUAAAAAACGUCUCUCUCUGUGUGUAUCCCACUUUUCUCCAUUGAUGGAGUCUCUAUGGAUCACCCAUCAACGGUUUUGUCAAUCGUUUCCAAAAUUAAUAAAUGCCCAUCACAGUUUUAGUCCCAUAAGCAAUGCUCAACUGGGUUUUACUUAUUUGCUCACAGAAAGGUGUAAAAACGUCUCCUUGUCUGUUGUAAGAUCAGAUAAUAGAGGUGGCCUUGCCAAUUCACCGGAGGGUUCCUCUGCUGUUGAAGAUGUGAAGGAAGAGAAGGGGGGGCACAUGUUGGCUGCUGACAGAGAUGAGUCUGGUUCUGCUAUUGGGUUUAACUUGAUUUCUCAGUCUGGUGACAGCCUAGUGAAAGCUGAUGAAGCUGUAGCUGAUAGAGUCGAAGAUUCUGUGGACAUUGAAAGCAGAGAGAAAGCUCAAACCAAAGUAAAGCACAACAUUGUUUUUGUUACUGCUGAAGCAGCACCAUAUUCAAAGACUGGUGGAUUAGGAGAUGUUUGUGGUUCUUUGCCUAUAGCAUUGGCCGACCGUGGACAUCGUGUAAUGGUUGUUUCCCCCAGAUACAUGCAUGGCAGUCCUCAAGACAAGAAUUUUGCUAAUGCUGUAGAUUUAAAUUGUCGUAUCAAGAUAUAUUGCUUCGGAGGGGAGCAAGAGGUCUCCUUUUAUCAUGAGUAUAGGGCAGGUGUUGAUUGGGUUUUUGUGGACCAUCCUUCAUACCACCGACCUGGAAACCCAUAUGGUGAUAGCAAUGGUGCAUUUGGUGACAAUCAGUUUAGGUUCACUGUUCUUUGUCAUGCAGCAUGUGAAGCUCCAUUGGUGCUUCCACUUGGAGGUUAUACCUAUGGAGAGAAAUGUCUCUUCCUUGCUAAUGACUGGCAUGCUGGCCUUGUCCCUGUACUUUUGGCUGCUAAAUAUCAUCCGUAUGGAGUUUAUAAGGAUGCCCGAAGUGUUCUUGUGAUACAUAACCUUGCGCAUCAGGGAGUGGAAUCUGCAGUGACAUAUAAAAAUUUUGGACUGCCUUCAGAGUGGUAUGGGGCACUGGAAUGGGUCUUCCCCACGUGGGCAAGGACUCAUGCUCUUGACACAGGUGAAGCUGUAAAUGUACUAAAGGGUGCGGUUGUGACAGCUGACCGAAUACUCACAGUUAGCAAGGGGUAUUCUUGGGAAAUAACAACUGUUGAGGGUGGAUACGGGCUGCAUGAUUUGUUAAGCAGUAGGAGGAGUGUUUUGAAUGGGAUCACCAAUGGCAUUGAUGUUUCUGAAUGGGACCCCUCAUCAGAUAAGCAUAUCACUUUCCAUUACUCUGUCGAUGAUCUCUCUGGAAAGGUUCAGUGUAAGAUGGCUUUGCAGAAAGAAUUAGGUCUUCCUAUUAACCCAGAUUGUCCAUUGAUUGGAUUUAUUGGGAGACUGGACUAUCAAAAAGGCAUUGACCUGAUACGGUGGGCAGUUCCUGAGCUGAUGGAAGAAGAAAUUCAAUUCGUAAUGCUAGGAUCUGGAGACCCACUGUAUGAAGACUGGAUGAGAGGAGCAGAAUCAACUUACAAAGACAAAUUUCGAGGUUGGGUAGGAUUUAAUGUCCCAAUUUCCCAUAGGAUAACUGCAGGAUGUGACAUAUUAUUAAUGCCCUCAAGAUUUGAGCCAUGUGGGCUAAAUCAAUUGUACGCUAUGAAAUAUGGAACCAUACCAGUAGUUCAUGCCACUGGAGGACUUAGGGAUACUGUGGAGACUUUUAAUCCAUACGCUCAAGAAGGGAUUGGUGAAGGCACUGGAUGGACUUUUUCUCCACUAUCAAAAGAAAGCAUGCUGGUGGCAUUAAAACUUGCUAUCAAGACAUACAGAGAUCAUAAAUCAUCAUGGGAGCAAAUAAUGAGAAGAGGCAUGGAAAGAGACUCCACUUGGGAAAAUGCUGCAAUUCAAUAUGAGCAAGUUUUUGAAUGGGCAUUUAUUGAUCCACCCUAUGUUAGCUAAAAAGGCAAUUUAGAAAUAGGAAGAGAGAACCUAGAGAAACAAAAAAGAAAGACCCAACAAUAUUCUUAGCUUAGUCUUCAUGUCUGAUGAAGCUUGGCUGGAAAAGAUCAUAUGGAACCAGCUGGAAGCCAUAUAUUACGAGUAUAAUAAACUAGCUAAUGAGCUAACAACAUGUAUUUGCGAGAAGUUUGAUUCAUUUUGAUGAAAGUCGAGUUUAAUUUUUUUUUCAA